UUGCUGGUAUGUAAAUUACGAUAAUGGCCUAACCAUUGGUUAGGCAUUAGGUAAACAGAUAAUUCCUACCCCGGUGCGGAAUAAUUGUGUUUCAUAGAAACCUUAUCGUUCUGCUUGCAAAUAUUUCUAUAGAUUACUGUGUCACCAUUCAAAAUUUCCCUGGAAUGAUAUGCUUGAUGGGGUUUUCAUGUGCUUGGACGUCAAUGCUGUGGUUGUGUUUGUCCUUUGAUGAUAAUGCAGAAAGUCGCAGCUCGAUCUGAGAUUCCUAGAUUUGCUAUCAUGGUAACAAAUACGUAGAGGGACUUAAGAAGACAACGUGGUAUCAUUAUCUGUGUGAAAGUCUUCAUGCAAGUUUGAGAUAUUAUUGCCAAAAUUGAACUUCAGUUGCAAAAGGCAAGAUUACUUAGAUAGCAAUGUUUUCUAUCAAUCAUUGUCUUAACUAAGAUGAACGAAUAGUCAAACGUUGCCGGUUAAAAAUGGAUGUAGAGCCUUUAUUGGCUCAUAGGGAGGACAAGAAUAUCAAUUCAAAAUCGGUGGUACAAAGAAGGCACUGCAGAGGAUCUGCUGAAUUGUGUCAAGAGGUAGAACUGACAGAUAUGGGACAGUCUAACACAAGACAUAAUAGAAUUGAAGAUGCAGCUGGCUCAGACUGGAGCCUUCCUGACUCAAUCAUUAAGUUAAAUAUUCAAGAGAUCUUGGAACUGAAGGAUGUCUUCAAAAGGCUUGCACUGCUUUCUCCAGAGGACCAGUGUAUUAGCAAGCAGACCUUCUUGCACUAUUUUCCACUUGAUGGCAUGUUGGGACAGAGGCUUUUUGGAAUUUUCGAUAAAGAUAAAGACGACAAAAUCAACUCAGGAGAAUUUCUGAGUGGGAUAUCGCUGUGCCUCCGUGGAACAAUGAGCGAUAAGUGCAAUUUGUUGUUCCAUAUGUUCGAUUUGGAUGAGGACGACGGAGUCUCUGAAGAUGAGCUGUAUAGAAUGUUAGAGCCAACUCUCAAAGCAGCUGACAGCCUCAAACGCAGCAGUGAACAAGAUUCAGAAAGCGGUGACUUAAGUGAUACUGCUAGAAUUCUUGUAAACGAGGCUUUUGAAGAAUGUGAUGUAAAUCAGACCGGUAGGCUAUCACUGGAGAACUUUCAGUCUUGGCUGGGUGGACACAAAGAGCUAGUCAGAGCAGUAUUUAACUAUCCAUUUCAAAAGUUUUUAAAGAAAACUUGGCGACCCCUUAAUGAUAGAGACAUCGAUUUCAGAAAAUACCAAGAAUUCAAUGCAAGGGAUAAAAGAAACAAUAGGCUUCUUCCUCAAACUUGGGUGGAUUAUCCCGCUGAGACUCAAUCGAAACUAGGCCAAGAUGAUACCAUUCAGCUAGAAAACUCACGAUAUCUUUGGAGUCCUUUGUUUCCGAAUUCCAGUGGAAAAUUCCCUCCCAGCAGAUCAAAGCAUACUGCCGUUUUGUAUCAUGGAUACAUCUAUUCGCUUGGUGGGCGUGGCAAAGCUUCUACUCUGAAGGAUCUAUGGAGAUACAGUCUUGCUGAAAACAGUUGGGAGCAAGUUAAAAUCGGUGGAGGAACACGACCACCAGCUCUAGAAGGACACUCUGCGGUGGUUUUCAGGAAUCAAAUGUUCGUGUUUGGAGGAGCAUUUACAAAUGAUAAAAGCACCCCUUUUUGGAGUUUUGACUUCGAGACCAUGACAUGGAAAGAUUUAAGCCAGAGCAAAUUCCAGCAGGAGCCUGCUAAUCGUAAAGGCCAUUCUGCCUUUGUGUACAGGGAUUCGAUGUUUUUAUUCGGAGGUUCACUAGACAAUGGCUCUCUGACCAGCGAACUAUGGAGAUAUGAUUUUUCUACAUUGCGUUGGCAUCUGAUGCCGCCCAGGGAAGGAACUGAGUUAAUAACAGGACGGCAUUCGCAUUCUGCAGUUGUCCACAACAAUGCCAUUUGGGUUUUUGGAGGGCUUGACAGCAAAGGAAGGAAGAACGACCUUUGGACAUGGGAAUUCGAGCUUUUUACUUGGACAAGGGUACGACAAAGAGCUGGCCCGUCACCACUGGCAAGGCAUAGUGGCUCGAAGGUUGGUUCUUUGAUGAUAAUCUGUGGAGGUGAAGGCAACGAAAUCUUACACAAUGAAACGUGGACAUUCUCUUUUGAUUCUUUACAGUGGAAAAAGAUAACACCUUUCAGUUCAAUAGCCCCUACACAUAGAUGCAACCAUACUGCCAUUGUGUUGAAUCCAUAUUCUGCCCACAUCGGCAGAUUAAGGCCAUCAACGACAAAGUCUGCUCCGGACGAACACUUAACCGGGCUUAGAGGCUUUCAUCCUGUUCGACAGCAAUUUACACGAACAGGAUCGGUUGACUCAAUUUUGGACUAUCAUGAGCAACGAAAAUGUAAAGGGAAAAGCUUGGAUCUUUCAUAUGAAUUAGACAACCCUGGCUAUGAUAAGAGUUUUCCGGAUAUACCGAACGAUGAUGAUGUAGAAACGUUAUUGACCGGUAAUUCAACCAUGGACAGUAGUCGUGUAAUUCAAGUUAAGCCGUAUGGCGAUACAGAUUCGCAGAACUGGGAAGAAGGAGAACGCUAUCACCAGAGUGUAACUGGUCUGUUGUUAUUAUUGGCGGAAAAGGCAAAUACAGCGCGGACCUGUAUAAAUCCUCUAUAGACAUAUGGAAGUGUGAUAUUGGUCCAGAUGUUGGCUCAUAUUAUCACAAAGAAGUUAAUCCGACGAUUUUCAAAACCGCAGGAAAACGCCAGACAGCCGUCAUAUCAGUUGGGAACAGGUUUGGUACCAAAGAGCAGAAUUUUCGUAAUCAAUCAAGUGAUUGCGACCGCUUAAUUAUAACUGACCUAACAACAGAUGAAAACUCUGUUGUUACCACCGAAAUUUAAAUGUUUUGUAGACGAGGUCUUCCAAAAUGACGUCGUGUUUGUAAGAAAAAUUAAAAGGGAGUUUGACGAUUAGUAUUUGGGAUUCCUUUUCCAGAGCCGAUUUGACGAAAGCAAAAGUUUGUAACUUAAUUUUGUUAUGGAAAAUCUUUACCCAGUUUUCGUCACUCUUAUGUAUAGCAACAAAACUGACACCGCGCGAGAGGGAUAACAUUCCAUAUUUAUUUGUGAAGGUUUUCGUUGCCUUCAAAUAUCAGAUUUUGUCAAACAGUGUGUUAAGAGGCGUAUAUGAUAGAGAGCUGGAAUUUUUCUCAUGACGCCAGUCUAAACAGCACAAAAAGGGACAGUUUCACCAAGGCUUAGUUGCUCAGCCAUUUAGAGACUGGCUACAUUACGCGAUUAAAGUGUAACACGAUUCUCUAGCCAGACUGUUGAGCCAAGGUGAUUUUACUGUACGUCAACAUUUUAGAUAAACUUGUUAUGAAUUUUUUCUUAGAUUUAAUAAAUUUUUGUUUUAAUAACGAGGUAAUUGGGUUUUAAUGGUUUAACGUUCAUUAGUUAUGUAUAUACUUCAACAGGUAAAUUUUACAUUUACCUUUAAAUGCAAUGGUUACAGUAAAGCUGGUUUAUCAGUUAUAUUUUAUUUUUUAUCAAAUUUUGUUGUAAAUAUGUAUUCUUUAAAGCGCAAUGUUUUAAUCAAUUUGAAUACAAUGAACAUACAACUCGUUAUACGUACCUAAAGAGGGAA